CUCCUCGGCCGCCUCCGGAGCUCGACCCCUUGUGGUCAAAGAACUCCAGCCGGGCUACGCCGUGCGGACUGGCCGGGUAGAGCACAGCCCAAGUCUUCCUCCAUCUCUGGGAAAGGACGAGAAACCGGCGGGCGUGAGCCGCACGCACCCACGGGGAAGGAAAAGAUCACUCAGGCGAGAGGUGUCUGAGGCUCCCGAAGGAGAGGCUGUUUCCCAAGGAGGAUGCUACUCCAUCUUCCCUGCACCAGGGAGGACACACUCCCAGAGUCCCACGUUUCUCACCUUCCUUGCCAUGCAUCCAGGCAAUGUGUGGCAGUGGCACCGGUGGGGGCUCCUGCUGCUGUGCUUUUUGUGCAGCUCCAGCUUGGGGUCUCCAUCCCCUUCCUCUGGCCCAGAAAAGAAGGUAGGAAGCCAGGGGCUGCGGUUCCGGCUGGCUGGCUUCCCCAGGAAACCCUAUGAGGGCCGCGUGGAGAUACAGCGAGCUGGUGAAUGGGGCACCAUCUGCGAUGAUGACUUCACACUGCAGGCUGCGCAUGUCCUUUGCCGGGAGCUAGGCUUCACAGAGGCCACAGGCUGGACCCACAGUGCCAAAUAUGGCCCAGGAACAGGACGCAUCUGGCUGGACAACCUAAGCUGCAGUGGAACUGAGAAAAGUGUGACGGAAUGUACCUCCCGGGGCUGGGGAAACAGUGACUGUACCCACGAUGAGGACGCUGGGGUUAUCUGCAAGGACCAGCGCCUUCCUGGCUUCUCCGACUCAAAUGUCAUCGAGGUAGAGCAUCAACUGCACGUGGAAGAGGUGCGGCUUCGACCAGCUGUUGGGUGGGGCAGGCGGCCCCUGCCGGUGACUGAGGGACUGGUGGAAGUCAGGCUUCCAGACGGGUGGUCGCAAGUGUGCGACCAAGACUGGAGCGCCCACAACAGCCACGUCGUCUGCGGCAUGCUGGGUUUCCCUGGAGAAAAGAGAGUCAACACGGCCUUCUACCGAAAGUUGAGGAAGAGAACAGCCAAAGCCUCAGCCCGGUGGCCCAAGUUCCUUGGAAGACCAGUCAACAAGCUUAAAGUCAAACCUAAGCCUCGAGUGGGCAGGGGGCCAAACAAAAGGCUGCUGGCCCAGCGGCAGCAACACUCUUUUGGUCUGCAUGGGGUGGCGUGUGUGGGCACAGAGGCCCACCUCUCCCUCUGCUCUCUGGAGUUCUAUCGUGCCAAUGACACCACCAGGUGCCCUGGAGGGGGUCCUGUGGUGGUGAGCUGUGUGCCUGGCCCUCUCUACGCUGUCUCCUCUGGUCAGAAGAAGCAACAGUUGAAGCCUCAGGGGGAGGCCCGUGUUCGUCUAAAGGGUGGAGCCCACCCUGGAGAGGGACGGGUGGAAGUCCUGAAGGCUGGCACAUGGGGCACAGUCUGUGACCGCAAGUGGGACCUGCAGGCAGCCAGUGUUGUGUGUCGGGAGCUGGGCUUUGGCACUGCUCGAGAGGCUCUGAAUGGCGCUCGCAUGGGGCAGGGCAUGGGUGCUGUUCACCUGAGUGACAUUCGAUGCUCUGGCCAGGAGCCCUCCCUCUGGAAGUGCCCCUACAAGAAUGUCACAGCUGAGGCCUGCCCCCAUAGCCAGGAUGCUGGCGUCCGAUGCAACCUACCCUACACUGGGGUGGAGACCAAGAUUCGACUCAGUGGGGGCCGCAGCCGAUAUGAGGGGCGAGUUGAGGUGCAAAUAGGGGGACCUGGACGUCUACGCUGGGGCCUCAUCUGCGGGGAUGACUGGGGGACACUGGAAGCCAUGGUGGCCUGUAGGCAACUUGGUCUGGGAUAUGCCAACCACGGCUUGCAGGAGACCUGGUACUGGGACUCAGGGAAUAUAACUGAGGUGGUGAUGAGUGGAGUGCGUUGCACAGGAACUGAGCUCUCCCUGGACCAAUGUGCCCAUCACAGCACACACAUCACCUGCAAGAGGACGGGGACCCGCUUCACUGCUGGAGUCAUCUGUUCUGAGACUGCUUCAGAUCUGCUGCUGCACUCAGCACUGGUGCAGGAAACAGCCUAUAUUGAGGACCGGCCCCUGCACAUGCUGUACUGUGCUGCUGAAGAGAACUGCCUGGCCAGCUCCGCCCGCUCAGCCAACUGGCCUUAUGGCCACCGACGUCUGCUCCGAUUUUCCUCCCAGAUCCAUAACCUGGGAAGAGCUGACUUCAGGCCCAAAGCUGGGCGCCAUUCCUGGGUGUGGCAUGAGUGCCAUGGGCAUUACCACAGUAUGGACAUCUUCACUCACUAUGAUAUCCUGACUCCCAACGGCACCAAGGUGGCAGAGGGCCACAAAGCUAGUUUCUGUCUAGAAGACACCGAGUGUCAGGAGGAUGUCUCCAAGAGGUACGAGUGUGCCAACUUUGGAGAGCAAGGCAUCACUGUGGGUUGCUGGGAUCUCUACAGGCAUGACAUUGACUGUCAGUGGAUCGACAUCACAGAUGUGAAGCCAGGAAACUACAUUCUCCAGGUGGUCAUCAACCCAAAUUUUGAGGUAGCAGAGAGCGACUUCACCAACAAUGCAAUGAAAUGUAAUUGCAAAUAUGAUGGACACCGCAUCUGGGUGCAUAACUGCCACAUUGGUGAUGCCUUCAGCGAAGAGGCCAACAGGAGGUUCGAACGUUACCCUGGCCAGACAAGCAACCAGAUUGUCUAAAGUGCCACCACCAUCCUCUGCAAAUCACCACUGGCCCCACAUUGAGAGGGGUCUGAGGCGGCCAUUACCUCAGGAGCUUACCACAGAAACCCUGAUGUCAGCAGGCCACCAGCCACCACAUUCAUACCCUAUGCUAUGGACCAGUUACUGUUGAACAGAAGUUACUGCCUCUCUUUCGGGGCCAACUGUCAGUAUCUGUGGCCAAGCCCUGGAAAUCAGCAACUGGACCCAGCACUGAGCAAAGGCCACCACGAAGAACUGCCCUGCACUAGAUGGCAGCAGCUCAUUGUCUUGAAUAGGGAGGUCAGGAUGGUCAGCUCCCACUGCUCUCCUGAGUUCACGGGGGAUACAGCUUUACCUCUAGCCCUCUGGUGGGGGAAAAGAUCCACCCUCCCCCAUUUUUAAUGAUAACAUGUUGCAAGGUAUAAUUUUAUUUUAUAUAAAAAGUGUUCUUCAGAACCUAGGAUUGGUGCUGGUGGUUGGAGGGACCUGCCCCCCACUGGUUCACUGAUUCCUCUGCCCAGGUGACCUCAGAACCCAGGCUAGGAAGGCAAGGAUGAAAUCAGAACAGGAACCUCAUAGUCUUGCUAGUGCAGUCAUUCUGUGACCUCAGGGGUCACAUAUAAUGUCAACGUUUCUGAUCCCCGCCGGAUCCUCACUGCCAGCUGGGAUUGGGUUCGAACAGCUUCAUAAACAUCUUCAGCAUUUUGUACUAUCUGCUCCCCAAUGGCCAAGAUCACAUCACCAGGCCGUAGACCAGCCCUAUGGAGAAGGAUGAACAGAGAUGAAAGUAGAUGGUCAAGUUCAAAAACACAUGCAUACUUCCCACACCCCACCAUACAGGGCAGGCUCUCUUUCACCUGUGUGCAGGGGAGCCCAGGAUGACUUUAUGGAUGAGCACACCGUGCUGAACAUCAGGAAAGCUUGGCUCUCGAAGCUGUAGUUCAGCAAGGAUGCUAAAAGGGCACAGAUCACCCUAUGAGCCAUACCCAGGCCUUCUCCCCAUCUUGGAUGACUUCAAGUCUCUGAUCAACAUACUGACAAAUUUAUGUCCAGGACAUACACUAGGCACCACAGAUACAAAGGUAGUUCACUCUCUACCAUCUAGCACUUAAGAAUCAAGAAAUGUACAUAAAAAAUAACUAAAGCCAGGCAUGGUGGCACAUGCCUUUAAUCCCUUGAGUUUGAGGCCAGCAUGAGACUACAUAGUGAGUUCCAGGUCAGCCUUGGCUACAGUGAGACCCUACCUCGAAAAAAAACCAAACCAAACAACAACAAAAAAGAUAACUAAAAUACCAAAUGAUAAACACUGUUAAGUUGCUUGCACUGUCAUUCUAGAAUUCUGCUUUUAAUAAAGGGGGCCGACUGUGUACCACUGGA